AUGCCACCUAGACAACAUUAUGAAUCAGGUGAAAUUCCUGAACAUGAUGACUAUAGUUACGAUAAUGAUUCUGUUUCUGGUCCUAGCAAUUUUAACCAAGAACAUAAUACCAGUAACAUUGAGGGUGAUGAAAGCAAUGAUGAUAUGCAAAGUGAUAAAAGUGGUGAUGAAAAUGUACAAAGUGAUGAAAGCGAUCAAGAAAAUGAAAUUAAUGAAAUGGACAAUACUUGUCCUAAAGAACCUAAUAACAAAAAUACAAAAGAUGCAGUUAAUGACCCUAUCAGGGAAAUUUUUAACCUUGAUGUCAAUCAGCCUGUUCCUCAAGAUAUCAGACAUACCCCUCAUUCUAAUGAAAAAUGA